AGAAUGGACCCUAUCGUUAAUUACGACGACGAUCAUCACUCUGAGAAUGAGAGCGUGCAACAGAAUGACCACCAAAAUAUGAACAUGAACCGGAAUGUCCCACACCAAGAGCCGCCAAAUGGAGGGCCGGUUGGGGUUCCCCAGAUCGACCCUGCGAUGAUGAUGCAGCUCCUACAGCAAGUUCUGAUCAUGAAUCAGAAUGCCUUGACGCACAUUCGACCACGAGAACCGAGGAUCACACUCGAGAAACUGAAGAAAAAUGGCGCUGAAGAAUUCCUAGGCGAGAACAUCGCCGACCCGUUAAUUGCGUUUAGAUGGAUAGAGCGUGUACGACGUGUAUUUGAGAAUCUGAAGGUCCCAGUUGGCGAGUGGGCCGAUUUCGCGGUCAUGCUUCUGCAGAAUAAUGCAUACGAGUGGUGGAAGCGCACUACUCGAAAUUCGAAUCAUCCCGCAAAAGUGACGUGGGUGUACUUCGAACAAGUGUUCAAAGAGGAGUAUAUUCCCGAGUCGUUUGUGGAAGAGAAACGAGAAGAGUUUCUACAUCUGGAGAUGGGUACGAUGAGUCUUCCUGAGUAUCGUCAGUUGUUCGAUCAUCUCGCUUAGUUUGGCCAGGAUUUGGUGAACACCACCAAACGUCGUUGCGAUAAGUUUGUGAAUGGCAUGCGCCCGAAACUUCAGAAGCACAUGUCUACUGCAUCUAGGCAAGAUUUUGGAGUCAUGUACGAGCAAGCAAAAGAGGUUGUUAGAACAAAGGAAGGAUUGAAGC